AGGAAGAAAAAGAGAAAGCUAAAACCCUACCAAGCAACUCCCGCUGUUCACAGUUAAGAAUCGCCGGAAGCUAAAACCUCUUAAAGCUCUGCCAUUUCCGGCGGAAAUGGCGGGUCCUUUGCUCCGUUGUCUCUGGUCAUCAUCUCGAAGAUCUAUCUCCUCAUCGUCUUCGCCUUCUUACCAUCUUAAAUCGAUAUCCCUUUCGCCUGUCUUCCCGAAUAUCCUCGCGCGCGCCUUCUCUGCAGCCACUGCCGCUUCUGCUUUUGCCGUCGCACCUGAUAGUUCUCUUGAUCCGAGCCGACUCAGGAACGUGGCAGUGAUUGCCCAUGUUGACCACGGCAAAACAACACUCAUGGAUCGCCUCCUCCGGCAGUGUGGCGCAGAUAUACCGCACGAGCGAGCUAUGGAUUCUAUCAGUCUUGAACGCGAGCGAGGCAUCACGAUUGCCUCCAAGGUUACGUCUGUUUCAUGGAAGGAAAAUGAGUUAAACAUGGUGGAUACACCAGGUCACGCAGAUUUCGGUGGAGAAGUUGAGCGUGUUGUUGGAAUGGUUGAAGGGGCAAUUUUAGUUGUUGAUGCCGGUGAAGGUCCAUUGGCACAAACAAAGUUUGUCCUUGCAAAAGCCUUAAAGUAUGGGCUCCGCCCUAUUCUUCUUUUGAACAAAGUUGAUCGACCAGCAGUAUCUGAAGAGAGGUGUAAUGAAGUUGAGAGCCUAGUAUUUGAUCUAUUUGCAAAUCUGGGUGCUACAGAGGAGCAGUUGGACUUUCCUGUUCUUUAUGCUUCUGCUAAAGAAGGAUGGGCUUCCAGCACUUUCACUAAAGAUCCUCCUGCUGAAUCGAAAAAUAUGUCACAGUUGCUUGAUGCCAUUGCAAGACAUGUUCCUCCACCAGCGGCAAAACUUGAUGCACCUUUUCAGAUGCUGGUUUCUAUGAUGGAAAAAGACUUCUAUCUUGGACGAAUAUUGACUGGACGAAUUGCGUGUGGUGUCAUUCGCACUGGUGAUAGAGUUCAUGGACUCCGAAUCAAGGAUUCUGGUGUUGAGAAAAUGGAAGAGGGAAAGGUUGUGAAAUUAAUGAAAAAGAAAGGUACAACUGUUGUUCAGAUUGAUAGUGCUGGAGCAGGUGAUAUAAUAUCAAUGGCUGGGCUAGCAAGUCCUUCAAUAGGCCAUACUGUGGCAAAUGUUGAAGUUUUGGCUGCUUUGCCUACAUUUGAAUUGGAUCCUCCUACUAUUUCCAUGACCUUUGGUGUUAAUGACUCUCCAUUGGCAGGUCGUGAUGGCACACAUUUGACUGGUGGAAAAAUUGGAGACCGAUUAAUGGCUGAAGCGGAAACAAAUCUUGCCAUAAAUGUGCUUCCAGGCUUGUCAGAAUCUUAUGAGGUGCAAGGACGAGGCGAACUUCAACUAGGAAUACUAAUUGAGAACAUGAGACGUGAAGGAUUUGAGUUGUCCGUUUCACCACCUAAAGUAAUGUAUAAAACUGAGGAUUCAACAAAGCUUGAGCCAAUUGAAGAAGUCACCAUAGAGGUUAAUGAAGAACAUGUUGGGUUAGUUAUGGAAGCCUUAUCUCAUAGGCGUGCCGAAGUUGUUGAGAUGGGUCCAGUCCCAGGAAAUAUUGGUAGAACUAGAUUGUCUCUGACAUGCCCAUCCAGGGGCCUGGUUGGUUACAGAAGUGUGUUUAGCAGUGAUACACGCGGAACUGGUUUUAUGCAUCGAGCAUUCUUAAAAUAUGAAAAACAUCGGGGUCCUCUUGGAAAUGUCCGAAAAGGAGUACUGAUAUCAAUGGGCUACGGGGCAAUUACAUCUCAUGCUUUAAUGAGUUUAGAACCCCGAGGAACGCUUUUUGUGAAUCCUGGAAUGGAGGCUUAUGAUGGGAUGAUUAUUGGAGAACAUUCUAGGGAUUCGGAUCUAGAUGUUAAUCCAGUGAGGACUAAAGAACUAACCAAUGUCCGUGCUGCCUGCAAGGAUGAAAACGUGAAGCUAUCUCCGCCGCGACUUAUGACUCUUGAAGAAGCCAUAGGAUACGUAGCAUCUGACGAACUUAUCGAGGUUACACCAAAGGCCAUUCGUUUAAGAAAGAAAUAUUUGGAUGUUAACAAGCGUAAAGCCAUGAGUAAGAGGCCGAAGGAAUGAACCCUGGCUCAAACAUUGCUUCUUGUAGCCUUGAUAGCUGGUUCAUGUUUGGUGUACUGGAAAUGCAAGAUCAACAAGAAAAUAUCGAGCACUUCUCAUCUCGGGUCGUUCAAGCGUUCAUCCACCAGCAUGUCAUAUUCUUUUCAACCACGCAAGUUCAGGGGGUAGAAAAAAUAAUACAAAGAAAGAUAUUGUUUUUUCCUUUUUGUCCUUAUAUCAUAAGCUAAACCAGUUUAUCUUUGAUUUUUAGAGCCAAGGCUGUUAAAUUAUAGGUUGUUAGGUGUCUGAUAUGAAGCGUAGCAUUUUCCCCCCCUCUUGUAUCUAUUUGUUGGCCACUCUACGAAUAAAGUAUUCAGAGGAGACCUGCAAUGUGUAGUAUCAAGAAUUUAGAAUUUUGCUCGAAAACACAAGUUAAUUAAUUGAUCUAUCUUUUCUUUCAA